GUCACCUCAGUCCUCAUCUCACUUUGUCCUUCUCUAUUAAAAUGGACAGUGCUUUUGAUAACCUGGAUGCAGCUGGUUUCCUGGAAAUCUGGCAACACUUUGAUGCAGAUGAUAAUGGCUACAUUGAGGGCAAAGAGCUCGAUGACUUUUUCCGUCACAUGAUGAAGAGACUGGGUCCACAGGAGAAAGUGACUGAAGAGAGAGUCCAAAGGCUGAAGCAAAGGUUUAUGUCUGCCUAUGAUGUCACUGCUGAUGGGAAACUACAGAUUCAUGAGUUGGCCAAUAUGAUCCUCCCUGAGGACGAGAACUUCCUGUUGAUUUUCCGCAGAGAAGCUCCUCUGGAUAACAGUGUUGACUUCAUGAAGAUAUGGAGGAAGUAUGAUGUUGACUGCAGCGGCUACAUUUCGGCUCGGGAGCUCAAGGCUUUCCUGAAAGACCUAUUCCAACAACAUCACAAGGAAGUGUCAUCGGAGAAGCUGGAGGAGUACACAGACACAAUGAUGAAAAUCUUUGACAAAAACAAGGAUGGCUGUUUGGAUUUGAACGACUUGGCCAGGAUCUUGGCUUUAGAGGAGAAUUUCCUGCUCCAGUUCAAGAUGGAUGCCUGCAGCAAAGAGGAGAGAAAGAGAGACUUUCAGAAGAUCUUUGACCAUUAUGAUGUUAGUAAGACAGGAGCACUGGAGGGUCCUGAGGUGGACGGCUUUGUCAAAGACAUGAUGGGACUGGUCAGGCCCAACCUCACGAGCUCUGAGCUGGACAAACUGCGAGUCGUUCUGCUACGUCACUGUGAUGUCAACAAGGAUGGAAAGAUCCAGAGAAAUGAGCUGGCUCUGUGUCUGGGAGUCAAACCUAAUCUUGGUUAAGAGAUUAUGAGAUUGUUUUAUGAAUCAGUGUCACUGUAACUGUUGUGUAGUCAACAAUAAUAGGAUAUUGUGUUUUGAUCCAGACUAGUCUGAUUACUGGAUUAUCUAAGCUCAAUAAUGAUGAAGAGAUAUUUGAUCCUAAAAUGAUAGAAACAUGAUUUGACACUGUGUGAUGAAAAUAAAUCAAAUGACUGUAGAUCUUCUAUGACUUGAAAUGACAGUGUUUUUUUGUGCAUGUUGUAGCCAAAAGAAAAGAAUGAGAUGGGAAAGAUUUUUUGGCUAAAAUGACUGUGUUUGUGCUCUUAGAUUUGUGGAAGGCUAAUGAGUUGGGGUUUUUUUUAAACAGAAAGUUUUUCAUUGUAUUAUAAAGUUUUCUUCUUAGUUAGUGUGGUGCUAGAGUUUACUGGCUAUGACUGAUGUUCAGCUUUUCGCAUGUUUCUCUGCCAAAGUCUGACAUACAGUUUGUUGUAAUUCAACUAUAAUGCGUUGCAGAGAAAAUAAAGCAAUGAUGGCAAUUGA